CCCUGACCGUAACAUUAAACUGGUGUUUAAUGACCUGUUCUGUCACCACAGGACUCAAAUUAAGCACAGUAAAUCACAACUUACUCCAGCUACUGAGGAGUAGUAUGAAGCUCCAGCAACACAGAUAAUUAAAUCCCUGCUCACUGAGCAAGACUGAUAUAAACAGCUGAGAAAACUAGACUAAUAUUUUAUUUUUAGAAAAUGGCUUAGAUCUCUUCCCCCACCCCACUCUCUCUCCUUAAGGAGUUGUCAUGUCUUGAGUGCUGUCUCACAGAUCAGUUUACAUGGCAAUGCACACAUUUUACUGGCUUCACACACACAUCUCCCAGAUCUUCUGUGUAAGACAGACGCAACACAGGACUCAAACUAACUGCAAAACUAUUAAUCACUGUGGUAAGAAAGCUGCUGACUAAACCAGGGUGCGUUUUCACAUUGAAAGUAACCUCCAAAUGCCAUUAGGGAGUGAGAAAAUGGCCUCCCAGGCAUCUGUCCCAGAGAUGGAUCUCUCCUGUCCUGUGUGCUCUGAAACCCUCAACGAACCUGUUCUCCUGUCCUGUGGCCAUAGCUGCUGUAUAGCCUGUGGAGUCAUACUGGAAACGAAUGGAAUCAUGGGAAUGUCCAGUGUGCAGCAUAAAAUGCUAUAAGGAUUCGAUGGCUCUUGCUCUGAAGAACCUGUGUAUGCCGGGUGAGAACGUUUCAGCUAAACACGUCUGCAGUCUGCAUAGCAAGCUACUCGCACUGUUCUGUCUGGAGCAUGAAGAGCUGAUCUGUUCGGUGUGUGAGGGUUCAAGUAAACAUAACAUACAUGAAUGUAUCCCAGUAGAUGAGGCUGCUCUGGAUCGCAAGGUACGAUACAAAAUAUCAACUAACAUACAUAGUACAUUCUCUCCUAGCAAAUGUCUAGUGCAGAAGAGGUCCUUAUCAUAUUCAGCUACUCUGUCGUACUUAUACAGCCUUGAUGUUCUCUUUGAAAAGCAACAUUUUUCUAAGGCCUUGUUCUGUUCAGAUUGAUCAGAAUGUGACGUUCUCAUAUCAAUCAUUAAAAUCACAAGUAAAUGAACUAAAUUAAUUGUAGGAAGAGCUCUUAGACAGGCCUGAAGCCCUUAGAGGAGCAGCUGGAGGGAUUUAAAGAAACAGAGUUUAAGGUAAGACUGCUUUGUAAUACACUUUCAUAUGCAUAUUGCAUCAGAAUUAUUUUUUUUAGCAUUUGGCUUGAGCCAAAAGGGGUCCCAUAAAUGUACAAAAAUAUUACCUAGAAAUUACAAGGGGUACACCUUCCCACGACUAUGAGCAAAAGCCUUAAACUAAGGAUUGUGUGGUUUCAUGAGUCUAGAAGUUGAUUGUUAUAUUAUGUGUAUAUGAACCAUAGAGGCAACACUCAAGCCAACAUUAAGUAAACCAUAAGCAACGAACGUUCCAUACAGCCUCUUGAACAGUAUAAUGUCUUGAAAAACCUUUCAGAUUGAUAUGAAAUAUAGUGUAAUAACUGAUGAUGACACACUGUCUCUAGAGCCAGGCUCAUAAGACAGAAAAUCAGAUUCAGGAGAAACUUCACCAGUAUCUACGAUAUGAAGAGGCAGCCAGGAUGGCUGUCCUGAGGGAGGAAGAGGAAGAGAAGAGUCGGAGGAUGAAGAAGAUGAUUGACGAUAUGAACAGAGAGAUAGCAGCCAUUUUAGACACAACGAGAGCCAUAAAGAAGAACCUGGUAUCUGAUGACAUCUCAUUCCUGCAGAACUACAAGGACACGUUAAAAAGAGCCCAGUGCACAAGCCCAGAUCCAGAGCUUGUUUCUGGAGCGCUGAUCAAUGUGGCAAAGCAGCUGGGCAACCUGCAGGUCAGAGUUUUGGAGAAGCACCUGGGCAACCUGCAGGUCAGAGUUUUGGAGAAGCAGCUGGGCAACCUGCAGGUCAGAGUUUUGGAGAAGCAGCUGGGCAACCUGCAGGUCAGAGUUUUGGAGAAGCACCUGGGCAACCUGCAGGUCAGAGUUUUGGAGAAGCAGCUGGGCAACCUGCAGGUCAGAGUUUUGGAGAAGCACCUGGGCAACCUGCAGGUCAGAGUUUUGGAGAAGCAGCUGGGCAACCUGCAGGUCAGAGUUUUGGAGAAGCACCUGGGCAACCUGCAGGUCAGAGUUUUGGAGAAGCAGCUGGGCAACCUGCAGGUCAGAGUUUUGGAGAAGCACCUGGGCAACCUGCAGGUCAGAGUUUUGGAGAAGCAGCUGGGCAACCUGCAGGUCAGAGUUUUGGAGAAGCAGCUGGGCAACCUGCAGGUCAGAGUUUUGGAGAAGCACCUGGGCAACCUGCAGGUCAGAGUUUUGGAGAAGCAGCUGGGCAACCUGCAGGUCAGAGUUUUGGAGAAGCACCUGGGCAACCUGCAGGUCAGAGUUUUGGAGAAGCAGCUGGGCAACCUGCAGGUCAGAGUUUUGGAGAAGCAGCUGGGCAACCUGCAGGUCAGAGUUUUGGAGAAGCACCUGGGCAACCUGCAGGUCAGAGUUUUGGAGAAGCACCUGGGCAACCUGCAGGUCAGAGUUUUGGAGAAGCAGCUGGGCAACCUGCAGGUCAGAGUUUUGGAGAAGCACCUGGGCAACCUGCAGGUCAGAGUUUUGGAGAAGCACCUGGGCAACCUGCAGGUCAGAGUUUUGGAGAAGCAGCUGGGCAACCUGCAGGUCAGAGUUUUGGAGAAGCAGCUGGGCAACCUGCAGGUCAGAGUUUUGGAGAAGCAGCUGGGCAACCUGCAGGUCAGAGUUUUGGAGAAGCACCUGGGCAACCUGCAGGUCAGAGUUUUGGAGAAGCACCUGGGCAACCUGCAGGUCAGAGUUUUGGAGAAGCACCUGGGCAACCUGCAGGUCAGAGUUUUGGAGAAGCACCUGGGCAACCUGCAGGUCAGAGUUUUGGAGAAGCACCUGGGCAACCUGCAGGUCAGAGUUUUGGAGAAGCAGCUGGGCAACCUGCAGGUCAGAGUUUUGGAGAAGAUGCUGAAGUCUGUUCAAUACAGCGAGUCUGAUUUUUUUCUUACCAAUGUUCAUAUCUUCACAAAUAUUUUAAAAUUGCAUUCAGACAAUUUCAGAUUAAAAAAUAUCACUCAUCUGGCAAUAAUGUCCCAGUAAAUUAAAACAAACAGUGGAUCUCUGGUUUUAAACACGUCUGUUUUUCUCU